AUGGCCACCGAAGACGCGAACGACCCUGUCAUCAAGUCUAUCAAUGAGACCAAAGCCAGUUAUGUUCGCCUAGGAACGAGUGGACUUCGGGUCUCUGUGCCCAUUCUGGGUGCCAUGAGCUUUGGUCACAAAGAUUGGCAGCCAUGGGUUUUGGAAGAGAAGGAAGCCCUCCCACUGUUGAAAGCAGCGUACGAUCGAGGUUUGAACACAUGGGAUACAGCCAACGUGUACUCCAAUGGCGUGUCUGAGGAGAUCAUUGGCAAGGCUCUCAAGGAACACAGCAUCCCUCGAGAGAAGGUCGUGAUCCUUACCAAAGCUUACGGGUAUGUGGGAGAGGAACCAGGCACGAGGGGUAUCAUGUACGGCCAAAAGAUUGCCGACAGCAAAGAAUACGUCAACCGAGGCGGUCUCUCCAGAAGAGCGAUCCACGACAACGUCAACCAGAGUCUCAAGCGUUUGGGAGUGGACUACAUCGACCUGCUCCAGAUCCAUCGAUUUGACCCUUACACCCCCAUUGAAGAGACAAUGGAAGCUCUCCACGAUGUUGUCAAGAGUGGCAAGGUCCUCUACAUCGGCGCCUCAAGCAUGUGGACCUACCAAUUCGCCCAAAUGCAGUUCGUCGCCGAGAAGAACAACUGGACCAAGUUCGUAUCCAUGCAAAACCACUACAACCUGCUCUACCGCGAGGAAGAGCGCGAGAUGAACAGAUUCUGUCACGAGACCGGCGUUGGUCUGAUUCCCUGGGCACCGUUGUGCAGAGGCCAUCUUGCACGACCUCCAUCGGAUUAUGGCAGUACGGUGCGUUCGGCGGGCGAGCAGAAGAGGGCGAUGUUUACGACUGGGACGUCAGAGAGUGAUCAGGUUAUCAUUAAAAGGGUGCAGGAGUUGGCGGAGAAGAAGGGGUGGAAGAUGAGCCAUGUGGCAUUAGCGUGGAUCAACAAGAGGAUAUCGAGUCCGAUCAUUGGGUUCAGUAGUGUCGAGAGGAUGGAUGAAGCACUUGGCGCCAGAGGAAAGGAAUUGACUGAAGAGGAAGAGAAGUAUCUUGAAGAGCCCUAUGUCACCAGAGCGAUCCAGGGCCACAGUUAG